GUGUUAACAACACGCUAACUAUACGAGCCCUUGUGAAAUUUUGAGUAUCAGAAAUCAUACCAUGACAGCAUAAGCAAAAAAGUUGAUACUAGUGAGGCCGCCCGAUAUUUGAGCGGCACGGUCGCGUCACGGCUACUCUUUCUCAUGCACAUCUUGUAGUGCGACUUCUGCUUGGUUCAAUAGCGCGGCAAUAAUUUGUUGAAGAGAUGGCACCUGCUUCAUAUGCCCGCGCCACAGCCUCAUCUACAUCCAAGGCCAGUCCUAAGCCUUCGAAAACCACCCAUGUUGUCGACGAGUCGAUCAUAUCUUCCCUCAAAGAAACGCGAAUCGCGACAUCCCCAAAAUCGAAUCAAAAAGCUCCAAUAACGCCAAAGAAAGCUCUCAAACGGCCAUCCCUCCUCACACCACAAGCCAGAGACCAGCUCAUCUACAACCGCGAUCUAUACGCCAUCAAAGCCAAAGACGCUUCAAAGCCAUGCCUCUUAUCAGAUCUUCCAUCCGAGCUACGCAGUUUGAUCUACACAUUCGUCCUUCCCCCAACACACCAUAUCUCCGAUAACUGGCCCGCAAUCGUCAAACGCGCACAACGACGCCUACCUCCCCUGCUGCAUAUCUGCCGCGCCAUCAGGAUUGAAGCAGCGUACGACUACUACACCAGCACAACCUUCAGCUUCUCAGUCCGGAAUCUGAAUUUCUAUCCUGUCAUGAGAUGGAUCGAUGAAUUGCCGAAGCAGCAUCGCGCUUUACUUUUAUCUCGGAAUCGACAUCUUGAAAUCAACGUUUUGCCGAGUGUAAAGAACUCCUUUACAUAUCCGCCCAAAGGCUGGCUGAUCGACGGAUAUAUGCAGGAUCAUUGGAAAGCAUGCCAGCCUUUUGGUAACAUCUACACUGUGCCUUCUGAUUUACAUAAAUCGCAUUUCCUGGUCUUCUGUCGGCUAGCUUCUUGGUUCCUUUGGUGUUCCAGGUCACCAUAUAAACCUAUCAGAUGGAGUUAUACAUUUGAGCAGUCGCCAUUUCAUAAUCCGUUUGGUCUGCCAGGCUUACAGGAGCAGGCGGUGUUGGAGUGGUUUCUCAGGCACCAUGUUACGGUGCUGACGAUGGAAUGUGUGGGGAAGGCGUGGAAGAGGACUAAGAGUGGGGCCGCGGCGAUGCGAGGGGAGGUAGUGAGAUUGUUGGACGCGUUGGAUCAGUGGUACAGAGAACGCUGGGGCGAGGGCAGAGAUGGAGGCGAGUGGGAAGAAGCGAUGGAGGUACUCAAAAAGGGUAUUGAGAAAUGGUGAAUAGUCAGGAGGAUUA